AUGAGGAGAUUAAAGAUUGGGAUUCGACCCCAAUUAAUCAUAAUUGUUUGUUUUGCAUCGUUGUUUUCAUUAUUGAUUUUGGGUAUUGUAACAGGAAUAUAUUUUAGUGCCAAUUUAAAAAACCUACGAUUAGAAAGACUACUAGUUAUAUCCCAAUUAAAAAGAACUCAAGUACAACAAGCAAUACAAUAUAUUGCCUAUCAAGUGAUGACAGUAUCGGAAGUAGAUUCAUUAACGGUUCCAUUAUCAAAUUAUCGAGCUGGUAAUAAUUCCAAAGCAGUUUUCCUGGAAGCACAAAAUUAUUUACAACAAUAUGUCCUUACCACUGAUUCAUUUACUGCAGCUAGAUUAUAUGAUUUGGAUUUACAAGUUGUAGCAUCUAGUUUUGAUAAUAUGACUUUAAUUUCUGAAAGUGCUCAAGAUGUGGUUUAUCCUUUACAACCAAAUAGAUCAAUGCCUCCGGUAUUAGGUACUCCACUGGGAUUAUAUUUUACUGGUCCCAUUGCCAAUAAUUCGGAUAAUUUUAAUUCAAGGUAUUUUAUGGGGAUCACCGUACCGGUGCUAUCGAAUAGUUCGAUUAUUUUACUGCAGCCAUCAAUUUCAGGGUAUCUCACCAUUGUAGCAGCAGCAGAAUCCAUUCGUUCAGCAUUAAAUUCUACUAGUGAAGAUGAUUAUCAAGCUAUGGCAGUACAACCAGUAUAUGGAGAUCCUCAAAAGGGGAUAGAUAAUCUACUGCAAAAUGCUUAUAAUGGAGACAAUGAAGUUAUUGGAUUCAAAUUAGUUUUCCCAGUGGAAAAUAGUUUAUUAGAAGCUGGUACCAUAUAUAAUAUCAAUUCAUCUUCAUCGAUGAAAACUGCAUUAGCAUCAAAUUCCGGUACAGCAACUGGCGUCAAAUCAUUUUUUGGUAAAAAAGUUGCCAUUGGAUUUUCAAGAAUAAGUGUUCAAGAUAAUUUAAAUUGGUCAAUUGUUAUUGUUCAAUCUAAUUCUGUUUUCAAUGGGCCCGCUAAUAAACUACGAAAAAUAACUAUAGGCGUUGUCAUUGGAAUUGGAGCAUUCAUGUGUUUUGUUACAUUCCCGUUGGCAGUUUGGUUUAUACGGCCGAUUACAAAAUUAAAAGAGGCCACAGAAGCCAUUACCAAAUACAAAAAGGAAAAAUUAAAUAGUGUCAACAGUAAUAGCCCCACUUCUGGUUCUGGUUCUGGUUCUGGAUCUGGUUCUGGAUCAAGAGCUAAUUCAGAUUCUUCAGCAGACCAAUCACUACUGUUAGAUACGGGGAAACGAAAUAGUAUAAAUUCGUCAUCAUUUUCAUCAAGUUAUUCUACGGGGAUAAGACUACCGGCAAGAAUACCAAGAUCGAAAAAAAUAUUUAAAGAUGAAUUGACUGAAUUAUCAGAAGCAUUUAAUAUUAUGACAGAAGAAUUAGAUAAACAAUAUACUCAUUUAGAGGAUCGAGUGAAAUUACGUACAAAAGAAUUGGAAGCAUCUAAAAUUCAAGCCGAAGCAGCUAAUGAAGCUAAAACUGUUUUCAUUGCUAAUAUAUCUCAUGAAUUACGUACACCCUUAAAUGGUAUAUUAGGUAUGACCUCAAUUGCCAUGGAAGAAGAAGAUCCUAAUGUAAUUCAUGAUUCAUUAAAGUUAAUUCAUCGAUCUGGAGAAUUAUUAUUACAUAUUUUAACUGAAUUAUUAACAUAUUCUAAAAAUACUUUAAAUCGAUCAAAAUUAGAAAAAUCUAAUUUCCAAAUUUUAGAAAUUGUUUAUCAAGUUCGAUCAAUUUUUAAUAAAUUAGCUCAUGAUCAAAGAGUUAAUUUUAAAAUUUUAGUGAAACCAAAUAUUUUCCGAAAAUUAAUCAUUUAUGGAGAUUCUAAUCGAAUUAUUCAAAUUGUUAUGAAUUUAGUAUCUAAUUCAUUAAAAUUUACUCCUGUGGAUGGAUCAGUAUCGGUUUCAUUUAAAUUGUUAGGUGAAUAUGAUCAUGAAAGGUCUAAAAAAUUGGAUUAUAAAAAAGUUUGUAUUUUGAAUGAUUCUAGUAGUAGUACAGUAGCAGUGCCACCUCCAACACCUCCAUCAGAUACUAAACCUAACCCAAAACCUAAAUCCACACCUACACCUAAACCAGAUCCCACAAGACUGCAUUUGGUUGAUCAUAAUAAUAGACUGGCCAAUACUACAUCACCAUUAACACCUGUACGGAAACCAACAAAUCAAACCAAAAAUAAGAGUAUUACCAAUAAUGUAACUAAACAGAAUAUGAAAAUCAGAAAGAAAAAGAAAACCAACAAAAACCUCCACAACAACAACAAUAACAACAAAAAUGAUAAUAGUGAUUUUCUUAUGAAUAGAAGAUUAAGCGGUUCCCAUAAAUUUAAUAAUACCAAUGACGAAGAAUUAAGUCCUACAGCAAUAGAAAAAAAUAUUGAUAAAUAUUUAACUUCAUCUGCUGAUAGUGAUAAUAUUAGUGUAACUACGUUAUCAACUGUACAAUAUGAAACCACCAUAUUUGAAUCACAAUUUAAAUCAAAACCAUUACCUGCUUUGCCCGUAGAUGCAAAACCACAAGUAUCGGGAAAAAUAGAUGAGAAUGACGUUAAUGACGAAGACCCUAGUGGUGGCAGUAUUAAGGAUGAUGAUAGCGAGGAUACCAUAAAUGAAAAGCAAGGUAUUCUGUCAUCGCCUUCUUCUUCUUCUUCCUCCAAUGAAAAGCAAGAGAAUCUGCCUCGGUCAAAUGAUUCUACAACGGUGACUGUUACACGACCACGUCAUAAUAUGAUGCCUCUGGCUCAAGAUUUCAAAAGUUAUCCAACAUUUGAUAAAAAACCAGAAUAUGAUUCUAAUAUGUCUAAUAAUGAAAUUGUUAAAAAUAAUCGAGUAUAUAGAAUUCGAAAUAUGUAUCAACCAAAAGUUUGGGUAAUUCAGAUUGAAGUUACAGAUACAGGGCCAGGUAUUGAACCCGCAUUACAAGAAAAAGUAUUUGAACCAUUUGUUCAAGGUGAUCAAACAUUAUCAAGAAGUUAUGGUGGUACGGGAUUAGGAUUAAGUAUAUGUCGACAAUUAGCCACAAUGAUGCAUGGAACUUUAACUUUAAAAUCAACCAUUGGUAAAGGUUCAACUUUCACAUUAACUUUACCAUUACCACAAACUGGAGAAAUUAUGGUACCUCCUGAAGAUAUGGCAGAAUUUUGUGAAGAUGAAUUUAACCCAGCAGCAAAAAUUAAUAGAAAAGUUGCAUUUGAAGAUGGUGAUAUUGAUACUGAGUCACAACAACAAGAAAAUCCCUCAUCAGAAGAAGAUACGCAAGGGGAUCGAAACGUUCAAUCAUCCACUUCAUCGUCACCACCAAAUUCUUCAUCCACUGAUUCAGCAUUACCUGCUUCAGACUCGUCUGAUAUUGGAGGUACCAAUAAAUCUAAAACAACAAGUCAUGGCAACAAUAAAAAUAUCAAUGCAAAGAAACGAAUCAUAACAAAUUCUUCUGCAUCUUCAACUAAGGGUACCAAGAGACACACCAAUAAUGAUGGUGGUGGUGGUGUUAAUGGUAAUCAUAGUGAUGAUAAUAAAGACCUUACCCUUACAAUUGAUAAACCACUGUUAUUUACUCGAGGAUCAACUGGUACUGCCAAUUCCGGUACCACUUCAUCUCAUUCCGAUAAAAAAAUACUUUAUCCAACACCUACAACUACUACAACAACAACAACAACAACAGACCAUACUACUGUAUUGGAUGAUAUAUCACAUUUGAGAGUUUUAGUAGCUGAAGAUAAUCUGGUGAAUCAAGAAGUUAUUUCACGGAUGUUAAAACAAGAAGGAAUAACUAAUCUUACUAUGGCAUGUAAUGGAGCUAAAGCCAUUGAUUUUGUUAAAGAAUCAAUUGAAAAUAAUGAAAAUUUUGAUUUAAUAUUUAUGGAUGUUCAAAUGCCUGAAGUUGAUGGAUUAAAAGCUACAAAAAUGAUUAGAAAAAAUUUACAAUAUAAUAAACCAAUUAUUGCCUUAACAGCAUUUGCUGAUGAAAGUAAUGUUAAAGAAUGUUUGAAUUCUGGUAUGAGUGGAUUUAUUACAAAACCAAUUAGUAAAACUAAUAUAAAGAAAGUUCUUGUUGAAUUUUUAUCAAAUGAAGUCGUUACUUCAUAA